AUGAAAGGCAAUGGAAAACUUUCUGGUCUUACGGAUCAAACAGGAGUUACUUAUAUCAGAGAUGCUGAUAAAGCUAAUGCCCUAGCCUUGCAUUUUCCCAGUAAUAAUACUCCAGAAAUUGUUGGCAUUGGUCCUAUCCAACAGCAGUGCCGUGCCAUAUUUUUCCAUCCUUCAGAUAUCUACAAAUAUCUCAAGUCUCUCAAACCGUCGGUCAGUGAAACAUAUGACGGAAUCCCGCCAAUUGUAUAUAAGGAGUGUGCUGCUACUUUAUGUUGUCCUCUAGCCCAUAUCUUUAACAUCUCUAUGCUAUUAGGUGAAGUUCCGGAGGUGUGGAAAAGCGCCAUAGUUACAGCAAUUCCUAAGUCCCCAGGUACUAAUCUGCUGAGCAACUAUCGUCCUAUUAGCUUAUUACCAACGCCAGUCAAAAUUAUGGAAAAGAUUAUCAGGGAUAAACUGUUGUCUUGGCUAAAGAAGUUUCAUCUGAUUCCCGCUCAACAACAUGGGUUUGUCGGUGGAGCUUCGACAUCUACUAAUCUAACUGAUAGUAUUUUUGACUGGUCCUUAGCUUGCAAUCAAGGUAAAUCGAUUGAUAUAAUAUACGUUGACCUGUCUAAAGCCUUCGAUAAAGUAUGCCACUCUAAAUUAAUUGCUAAGCUUAAGUACUUCGGAAUAACGAGCCAUAUUAUAGAUUGGAUGAUCUCGUAUCUUAAUAUGAGAAGUAUGACAGUCAAAGUCGGCCACAAAUACUCAGCCAAGUUCCCUUGCAGAAGUGGAGUUCCACAAGGAGGAGUUCUCUCCCCUCUCUUGUUUCUCAUCUACACUAUCGACUUACCUAAUGUUAUCAGAACCUCUUCUCACGUCAGUGUCCAAAUGUACGCUGAUGACAUUAAGAUUUACGGCAUAUACGAUGACGAGAACUACCUCGAAGUACGCAAUGCACUUCAGAUAUCACUAGCUAAAAUGUCCGACUGGGCCUCCAAAUGGGAUCUGCGCAUUAACCACGACAAGUCUCUGGUUAUGCAUAUAGGUAAAGGGAAUGUGGCUGAGUAUAGUAUGAAUGGAGUAGCUCUUAAAAUUUGUAAAUCUGUAAGAGACUUAGGGAUUUUUGUGGAUUAUAACCUCAACUUCACAGAACAUAUUGAUCAUAUUGUAAGGAAAGCAUACUCGGCCCUUUUUCGACUAUUCCGCAUUGUUCACACCUCUAAUCCAACUAUUCUCACUCGUCUAUACAAAUCGUUCGUCUUACCUCAUCUUGAAUAUGGCUCUCAAAUUUGGAGCCCUUCAAAGAAAAAAUAUAUAGCAAAGCUCGAAAAGGUGCAAGAGACUUUUACGCGUAUGCUAUGCAGAAGAAUGUCAACAGACUUAGCGGUGAAUAGCUACAAGGAUCGUCUCAAAAAAUUAGGUAUGAGCAGUUUAAGGAACAGACGUAUACACGCCGAUCUAAUCUUGUGUUUUCGGAUCCUCAGAAAUGAAACCAAAUUAACGCCAAGCAAGUAUUGGUGCUUCAGACCUACUAGUGAAAGAACUGGUGGUUUCAAUUUACAUUACCCUAAAAUACAGCAUAGAAAAUUUGACCUGAUGUUCAAUAACUUCUUCUAUAGAACAGCUAGAUGGUUGGAGCUCUUACCGCGGGAUAUUGUUAAAGCCGAACAUGGUGGGAUAUUCAAGGCGAAUUUGAAGAAAAUUGAAACAAGCCGGUGUCUGAAUAUUGAUGUCUAA